CCGUGGUCUUUGAUUGGGACCUGAACCUGCCAUUGCUGGUCUUAGAGUGUCGCACAGUGGAAUGUUGAAUAAAAGUUUCCCUUUACUUUCUGUGCCCCCGGGAGAAGCUUGAGAAGCUGAGGCUUGAACCGCGAUGGAUGUGCUUCCUAUUCGGAUGACUGCCAAAGAGGAAGGAUCCUUUGCCUAUAUUUCAAUGAAAGAGCGAACACCAGAGAUCAUAAAAAAAGCUAUGGCUUCACUGGAUGAACAUCAAAGUAAUUUCACUAAGUUGCAUGGACAGGCAGGCACUAAAGCAAAACAGAAAGCUUACUCACUUCUUAAUGAUUUACUACAGCAACUAAAAAGUGAUGAGCCCUUAAAGCUUUUGACUGAUAAUUAUGUUGAUAAUGAUAUAUGGAACGAAUACCUGAAAAAUCAUGAAAAUAAGGAAAAGUUAAGUUGGUUUCAGGCACCUUGGUUAUAUGCAGAGUGUUAUAUGUACCGAAGGAUUCAUGAAGCAUUAAUGCUAAGUUCACCAAUCAGUGACUUUGAUGUAUUUAAAGAUUUAAAAUGCCAGAGUUUCCUUGACUCUCAGGAACCUAUUAUCAUUUUAUGUAAUUACCUCCAAGAGUUAAAAAGAAAGAUUGAAACCCUAAGUGAAAAUAAACUGCAAGAGGAGUUUUUUAAAUUGUUACAGAUUUCAUUGUGGGGAAAUAAGUGUGAUCUGUCACUUUCAGGUGGUCGGAGCAGCGCUCAGUUCGCAACUCCAAUGGCAGUUGUGGCAGAACUUGAAUCUUUCAUUUUAGUGAAUCAUAUGGAUUCUAUUUGGUCAGUACUUAUAAUGAGAAAGAAAAAUCAGGAAAACAUUUCUACGAGAGUGGAUUUUAUCCUGGAUAAUUCGGGGUUUGAGCUUUAUACAGAUUUGGUAUUGGCAGACUUUCUGUUAUCAGCUAAUCUGGCUUCUGAGAUCUAUUUCCAUGGAAAAAGUAUUCCCUGGUUUGUUUCAGAUACUAGUGAAAAAGACCUUAUGUGGUUAAUUUAUCAAUUAAAAACUGCUCAUACCAAUUGCAUGUCCAGGUGUGGGAGUAUCUGGGAAGAGUUUUUUCUGAAUCAUAAAUGGAAUUAUCGAGAUAAUAUGUUUUGGACUCUACCUCAUGAGUAUAGUGCUAUGUCUCAGGUUGCUCCUGACUUGUAUGCUGAUCUACAAAAGUCAAAUUUAAUUAUUUUCAAAGGUGAUUUGAACUAUAGGAAAUUGUUAGGAGACAGAAAAUGGACAUUUACAGUUCCAUUUCAUGAGGCUUUGAAUGGCUUUCAUCCUGCACCUCUCUGCAGCAUAAGAACAAUAAAAGCUGAAAUUCAAGUUGGUCUGGAACCUGGGCAAGGAGAAAGAAUUGCAAUUUCUGAACCUACUUGGAUGAACACUGGAAAAUAUGGUAUAUUUCAAUUUGAUGGGCCUUUAAGUUGACUUUUUUAAGUUUUUCACAUGUACAUUUCCUCCCUAGAAAAGUAUUUUAAAAUUUUAAUUAAUUACUUUUUGCUUUACUUUUUAAAAUUUAGUUAUUUUUGGAUUAUACUUACAGUAUCAGUUAUACUAAUGUACUGAAGUUACUGAUGAAGCAUCUUUAGGUUCAGCUGCUUAAAGACAUUUCAUUUCUAAUUCAUUGAAAUAUUAUGUUCGUUCAGUAUUUCUAGUGGUUCAAAGAAACUACUGAGAUAAAUGCAGAAAGUGCAUUUUGCUUUUAUUAUUAACUAAACUUGUAUUUUUAUUUUCACCAUUUGAAAGUAUAAGCUACAUGGAUUUAAUAUUUUGGAAAAGUGAAAAUUAUUUUAACUUCAUUUUGUAUUGCUGCAACACAAGUCUUAUGGUCACUUAAAUUUUUAUUUACCUUUAGGGGGAGAAAUUUCUUUUAAACUAUGAUGUUUGUACCACCAGGAAGUAGAAAAUUGAUGCUAUUUGUAAUUCUGAGGAAUUGCCUUUUGUAUUUACAUUUAUUUUCUUAAUGAUAGUUGCCUAAAUUCAUGUGUGUUUUGUAUUUCUAUUCAUGCAUUUACUGUACUGACCAAAGUUUACCGUAAAUAAAAAUCUCCAAAAACAGACCAAAA